AUGAAGAUUCGUCUGUUACCUGCCUUAGAGGACAACUACAUGUAUCUAUUGGUGGAUGAAAACACCAAGCAGGCAGCUAUCGUUGAUCCAGUUGAACCCGAUAAGGUUGUGAAUGCAGUGAAAGAGGAAGGCGUUACCCUGACAACAGUACUAACUACACAUCAUCAUUGGGAUCAUGCCGGCGGGAACAAAAAGAUGGUUUCCAUGGUGACUGGUUUAAAAGUUUAUGGAGGAGAUGAUCGGAUUGAAAAAAUGACAAAUAAAGUGAAGCAUGGCGACGAGUUCAAGAUCGGUGAAUUGAAUGUAAAAUGCCUGUCAACACCAUGUCAUACAUCUGGACAUAUUUGUUACUAUGUGACUGGGAAUGGUGGUCAAGAUGGAGCUGUAUUUUCAGGUGACACAUUGUUUCUAGGUGGAUGUGGUAAAUUUUUCGAGGGCACAGCACAAGAAAUGUACAGGGCAUUAGUAGAAGUAUUGAGCAAGCUUCCUGCAAACACAAGAGUUUACUGUGGUCAUGAGUAUAGCGUCAACAAUUUAGCAUUUGCCCAGCAUGUAGAACCAGCUAAUAAUGCAAUUGAAGAGAAGUUUUCCUGGGCCAAAACACGCAGAUCCAAGAAUGAGCCAACUAUCCCAUCCACCAUUGGUGAAGAACUAACUUACAAUCCAUUUAUGAGAGUAAAUGAAGAAUCUCUACAGAAACACACCGGACAGAAGGAUGGCAUAGCCACAAUGGCGGAAUUACGCAGAGAAAAAGAUAGUUUUAAAUCAAAAGUAUAAUAUGUGUGCACCUAAUAAUAUAAAUUAAUAAACGGGAAAACUUACCUUUUAGUUAAUUAUUAGUUGUAACUUUUAUUUUACUUGCUGAUACUUUGUGAAUAUGGAAUCCAUUAAUCAUGGGAGGAAUGAGAAAUAAAAUAUGAUAUAAUUGUAAUAAACGGAA